UCACAUUACUGCCUUUAGGGUUUUCCUCAUGCAUGGUGAAAUCAUCUGAAUACCUAUGCAUUCAUAAUUUUCCCCUGAAGCUGUCACAGUGUAGUAACCUCUUUCAAAUACCCACAGUCCAGGAAAGCAUCUGACAUUUGUUCCACCUGAUUACUUGGCUACUAGGUUUCGGUCACAUGGUCAUUAAAUGCACUAGGGGCCAGUAUUUGGCUCUGCACAGCCUGGGCGCAUUGCAUCCGAUCUGAGCCGGUCAAAGGGGUCAGAUGAGACCCUCGAGAUAUUCAGAGACUAGGGGCAAACUUUCAGAGAGUAAGAGAAAUCCAGCACAGGGAGUCCAGCCAUGUUCAAGGAUGAUUUUGAUAAGAUAUACCAGCACAUAGGAGGAGCUGUAACCGGGGAAUCCACGGCUGUUGCCCGCAGCGUAACUGCAGAUGCGCGCAUUAGGAAACGUCAACACAAAUCAAGCCUUAACAAGUGAAAUCUGGUCUGGAAUAAACUAACUGAGAUCGUUUCGGGAAAUAUGGUGUAAAGUGCUGCACUCCAGUAGCGCGCACUCACAUGAACGCCGCUGGGCUCGCGCGAACCAAACACGAGCGCUAUGCGGCUGCGGACAGCGCGCGACAGCAUCAGCUUUGGCGUUUGGGGUUCGUCAAAUACGGGAUCUACUAGUUGAGCUUCAUGCAGAAGAUGACACAUAAAUAAGGCCCUUCAUUUUCACGUGCUACAACUAUGCUGCCAAAAGACCAACACUGUGAUGGCAAGGCUGCCAAAACCUCCUGCAAUGAAGAAAAAGCCAAGGCCAUGAAGAAUCAAAAGAAGGAGGUUGUGUAUGUGGACCCACCAGAUGGCGGUUGGGGUUGGAUGGUGGUUCUGCAUUGUUUCCUGGUGAACGUGUUGGUGAUGGGUACAUUGAAGAGCUUUGGUAUAUUCUUUGUGGCACUGCAGGAUGAGUUUGGUGGCUCGUCCGAGAGCAUCAGCUGGAUUGGAUCCAUAAUGUCCAGCCUCAGGCUCUCCGGAGGUCCGUUGGCCUCGGUGGCCUGUGCCAAGCUGGGGAACAGGGUUACUUCCAUAGUGGGGGCGCUUUUAGUCAGCGCCGGCUUUCUCUCCAGCAUAUUUGCCACCAGCGUUAUCUACCUUUACAUUAGCAUGGGGUUAGUUGUUGGUCUCGGGUUUGCUCUGCUUUAUCAGGCCUCCUCUGUUGUAACAGUGACCUAUUUCCGAAAAAGACUGGCAACUGCAUAUUCUAUUGGACGCUCUGGCAUGGGUCUGACCUUUGCCCUCGCUCCUUUCACUCAGCUGCUUUUGGAUCAGUAUGCUUGGCAGGGAGCUCUGUUGAUUUUGGGAGGUUUAAUGCUGAACCUUGUGGCUUCUGGGAUGCUUUUGCGGCCCAUUAACAUUAGACCUCCAGCUUCACCCUUGUCAAACUCCACCCUUCGUCAGGCUGGGUCAGAGAAAGAUCCUCUUAAGAACAAUAUGAAUGGCAACACGCCUGUGUCCAAUGGCACUUCUAUAAUGGACAGCUCAUCCACCAAUCACAGGGACACACUUAUAAUAGAGAACCCAGCUCAUGAGCAGAACUCUCUUCCACAUCCGGAACUCAAAAAGUCCAUCCAGAAUGGGGUGAACGGAACGGAUGGCAGCCAAGUUAAAACGUCCCCUGAGAUGAAUGGGGUUUCUCCCGUGGAUGCGUUACUUGAGAACAGCAAAACAGAAACUCUUCCUGAAAACCCCCAAAAAGUGCUGGACUUCUCGCUCUUGAAGAACCCUUUCUUUUGCAUCUACACCUGGUCGCUAGUCUUCAGUCAGCUGGCUUAUUUUAUCCCUUACUUCCAUUUGUCUGCAAGGGCCCGGAACCUGGGCAUCGACCCCAUGGAUGCUUCCUUCAUCAUCUCUGUGGCUGGUAUAACAGAGACAAUGUCCCAACUUGCAUCUGGUUGGGUGACAGACAGGAAUCUAGUUAACAAAUAUCACUACCAUAAGACCUACCUGAUCCUGUGUGGUGUGGUCAAUCUUCUCUCCCCUCUGGCCACCUCCUACAUCUUGCUCAUGGUCUACGCUAUCUUCUUUGCCAUCUUUUGUGGGGGGUACAUGGCCCUACUACUUCCUGUGCUGGUGGACUUGGUGGGUUCUGAAAAGCUGAACAACUCGAUGGGGUUCUCAAUGUUCUUUGUGGGGCUUGGAUGUCUUACAGGUCCUCCUCUUGCAGGCUUCCUGUACGACUACACACAGACCUACGACUGCUCCUUCUACCUGGCAGGUGCGUGUUACCUGUUAUCAUCAGUUUCUCUUUUUCUCGAGCCUCUGGCAAGACGCUGGCAAGCCCGAAAGAAACGGCUGGAGACGAUGAGUGAAGAAUUGAUGUGGAAUAAUGGCUGUUUCUGCCCAGCACCUCAGAGGAAUGGUGUCGUAUAAUAAAGAAAAUAAACUCAAAGCCAUUUUACUUUCCACCAUGCCAUGUGGUUCUGAUCGGAAGAGAACCUGACCUGAACAUUUGGCGGGACCACAGUGUGGCAAGCAAAUGAAUGUUUAUUUGAAUAAAGAGACCAAUAAAUGAAUCCUUGAGGACACUACAAUGCAAACUAUUUUGUUAGUGGGUGAGUGAGAAUGGAUUUUGUUCAGUUGGUUUGAUAUAUAAACAAAUAGUAUGUUUCCCUCACCGCAAUCUUUAAUGACAAUCAGAUCAGCACAAGAACAAAAUGAAGUCUUUAUCACCACAUAUGCAUUUAUUUUCCAACACAUUACGAAUCAGGAUCUUCCUUCACUAGAAAGUUACUUGAAAGCUUCCACUGACAUAUUUUACUCGCUUAGGCAAAUGAACUAGAACUAAAAUAAGGGUAUUUUGUCAGAUGGUGAUGGGUCUAUGCAAUAAGCCUAAGAUGGCUGCUUCUUCUGUGAGUCCCCAUUUUGAGCAUUUAAUGUCUGUUGAUGUGUAUCAGUUGCUAUGAAGCUGUGUAAAUGACUACACAACGGCUGAAAACAACAUAGAUUUUGUUUUGCCGUCAGUGCCCCAAGUGGAAUACAUUUGGGUGCAGAAUAUUCCAGACAUGGACUUUUCUUCUCACUGGUGCCAAAUCACUCACACUGUCAUUCACUACUGACAACAACCAAGAGAUUUGCUGGAACAAGUGAAUAUUCUUCUGAUGCUAAUGAGCCAAGUGUUGCAAGAAUUAGGUCAUUUGGCUUGUGGGUUCAUGUGUACCUGUACAAGAGGCCCAGAUGGCGAGCCUGUGUGGAGAGUUUCUCAAAAGUGCAAAUCCCUUAUACUUAUUGUAUUUUUUUAUUUUUGCUGGGUAAUCUGCACUAUGUUUAUCGCCACUCUUUGCCUUUGUACUCAAUGACUGUGCUAAAUAUCAUGUAAUGAGAGCCAAAGAUGCAAUAGAAAUGUAAUUGAACGAUCUAUGCCGAAAUACAGUCUAGUUGUUGUUGUUGCUGGCACGUUAGUUCCCUCAAGAAGUUGUGCGUGAGCUGUUGCCCUCUAGAGGCACUGAUGAUGUACUGCUACUGGAAUGUUCUAUCAAUUAACAUGCAAUCUAUGUUCUGGAAUGUCUAGUUCUUUCCUUUCAUCAGCAAGUAAAUACAAACAGUAUUUCCUAACAAGAAUGAGCAAGACUUAUGCAACUGUGACCAUUUAACGAAUAAGCACAUCACAAAGAUAAGAACAGUAUGCCACGCUCUGGACAUUAUUUGUUUUUUUUGUUGUUGCAGAAAGCAUUUUUAUCACUCUUAAUUGUUUAAUAAAAGCAAGUUUCUUUGGAGAAAUGGGUUAGAAAUGUCUGGAAAUGUUGUAUAAAUUGUCUGUAAACUCAAAAACUAGCCUUAAAGACACAGUUAAAGGUA